UGUGGACGUUUUGUUACUUAUAAAGCCAAUCGAAUAGGCGACAACGUUCUUAAAGUGCGCGACCGUUCAAAGGCAGCAAUGAAGUUGAUGUGGAUUUUAGUUUUAGGGGCUGCUUUGAAAAAGGCCGAUGGAGCGAUGACCGAGGCGCAAAUGAAGGCAGCAUUGAAGCUGAUCAGAAACGUCUGCCAGCCGAAGAACAAGGCAACUGAUGCCCAAAUCGCUGCCAUGCACAACGGCGAUUGGAACCAAGAUAAAAACGGAAUGUGCUACAUGAACUGCGUGCUCAAUUACUACAAGCUGCAAUUGCCGGAUAACUCCUUCGACUGGGAAACGGGACUGAAAGUGGUUGAGUCGCAGGCGCCUCCCUCAAUGGCUGGAUUCAUAAUGGAAACAAUAACGGGCUGCAAAGAUGCGGGUAAAAUAAUGUCUUUGAGCCGCCCAAAUUGGCAAUUUCGAACUAAAAAAUGUGUUUUUCAAACAGUAAAAACUCGGGACGAUAAAUGCAAGGCUGCCGUAGAAAUAACCAAAUGCCUGUACGACCAGAAUCCAGAGAAAUACUUUUUACCGUAACCGAGCUUUGCGAGUUUAGCAAUUAGUUUACUCCUUCGCCGUAUUUUAACAUUUACCGCGAUUUACCUGAUGCUAGUUCAAACAUCUCGACGUCUAGUGGCGCAAUGUGGCUUAACUUAAAUAUAUUAUUUGGAAGACUAAA